CACCUAUAAAUUCUUCUUCCUUCCAUAGACACGAAUUCUUGUUCCUUUCUGCACAUCCUUCACUUUCACUUUCCUCUUUCUCUCUUCAAAUCAAACACUCAUACCCCACGCACACGACCCAACACAAAACCACACCCGAUUCUCUCUCUCUCUCUCUCUCCUAGUACAACUUGGGAACAGUUUCGAUUGUCUCUCUCUGACACCCUACGAUUUCUGCGGCAGCAUCAUUCCACACGCAGAGUCAGUGUCGUUCUUCUUCUAAUUCAUCGCUCCCGAUGAAACGAGGGUACCAGGAAUCCCCUUCAAGCUCGUUAGGUCCACCUCAUUCCAGAGCUAGACAUGAUCCUCAAGGUGGUGCACACUUUGUUGAGGAUGAAAGCACAAAGAUUUUUGCUCGGAAAGUAGCAGAUCAUUAUAGUGCGAGAUCCAACCAGACUUUGGAAGAACGGGAGGCUAGUCCGAUAAUUCAUUUGAAGAAACUCAAUAAUUGGAUUAAAAGCGUCUUAAUUCAGCUUUAUGCUCGUCGAGGAGAUGCAGUACUUGACCUCGCCUGUGGCAAGGGUGGUGAUCUUAUCAAAUGGGACAAGGCCAAAAUUGGAUAUUAUGUUGGUAUUGACAUUGCUGAAGGCUCGAUCAAGGACUGCCGGACACGUUACAACGGUGAUGCUGACCAUCAUCAGCGACGUAAAAAGUUUACAUUUCCUGCUCGCCUUAUAUGUGGAGAUUGUUAUGAGGUUCGCUUGGACAAAGUUCUUGCAGAUGAUGCUCCUUUUGAUAUUUGUAGCUGCCAGUUUGCAUUGCAUUACUCAUGGUCUACGGAGGCCCGUGCCCGGCAAGCAUUGGCUAAUGUGUCAGCUUUACUUCGCCCAGGAGGCAUUUUCAUUGGAACUAUGCCUGAUGCCAAUGUGAUAAUCAAGAAGCUUAGAGAAGCUGAAGGAUUAACUUUUGGCAACAGAGUCUAUUGGGUGCGUUUUGAUGAAGAAUUUUCUGAUAAGAAAUUUAAAUCUUCCAGCCCUUUUGGAAUAAAGUACACGUUCCAUUUGGAGGACGCUGUUGAUUGUCCUGAAUGGAUUGUCCCCUUCCAUGUAUUCAAGUCAUUAGCUGAAGAGAAUGACUUUGAGCUUGUUUUCGCAAAGAACUCACAUGAAUUUGUGCAUGAGUAUAUGAAAAAACCAGAAUUUGUGGAGCUCAUGCGAAGACUUGGUGCAUUGGGAGAUGGCAACCAAGAUCAAAGUACACUCUCUGCUGAUGAAUGGGAGGCAGCAUAUUUGUACAUGUCAUUUGUAUUGAGAAAGCGAGGUCAACCUGACAAAACCCAACAGAGUGGCAGAAGGAACCGAGGGUCAAUGCACAUUUCAGAGGAAGACAUCAUGUACAUUAGCACUGAUGAUUAAACGUGAAUAAGAAACAGCCAGUGACUGAAUUUUAUACAAUGGCAUAGGGCAUGAAUCGGCUUGUAUUGCCAUGUGCCAGUACCAUUGAUCUCACAACCUUGAGCUCCAGCAAUUUUUUUUGCUGCAAUAUGUACGUUGAAUUUUGUAGGUCUACUAUAAAUAAUUGAAAACAAAAUCUCUGCCUCCGGAUUUGUAUUAUCUUCUUGAUUAGAUUUGUGGCAGGUUAUUUUUAACAAACUUCCUCUGUAAUAUAUUCUUCCCUGUUACAGCAGAUGAUAAUGUUAGUGAAUAUUGAAAAUGAUCCAUUGGCACGAGUUUUUAUUUUUACUGAA